CACAAAACUGGCAGACUUCCGGUUGUGGAAAUUUGCAAUGGAUGACGUCCAAAGGCUCAUUUCAUUUUGAUUUCUGCACAAAUUGAAGUCAGCAUGGCGGACAGAAAGGUUGAAUUGGAGAGGAAGAAGGCUCGCCUGGAGCAAAUGAGAAAAGAGCGGCAGGAAAAAGAACGACAGAAGAAGACGCGAGAGAAGGCUAGUUCUGUUGAAGUGACUCAGCAAAAGACUGAAGAACCGAAGGUGAAGCCACCUGUUGACCUGCGGACAGAGACUGAGGAAUUACUUAAGGAUUUAGGCAUUCCUCCUUCAGUGGAGACGCUGAGCCCGGAAACGAACAGUAGUUCGAGUAGUCAGCUGAGUGCAAGCGUUGCCAGCGGUGAUGGUGAUGUGGCUCAUGUCGUUACAAAGCCCAGUUCUCGUCGGAAAGUGAAGCUAAGUUUCUGUCGAGUGAGUGAAACCACAAUUCCGCCGCGUGAGAAUGUUGUGUAUAGCAAGGAAACGCAGACCGUAACCUCGGAGCCGCUGGACAAGGAUGGACAUAGAGUGAAAUCCCACAGCAGGCGUGGGCCAUGGGAUUAUUACGAUUCUACAUCUGAGUCGAGCAGUCCCAAACAGGUUCUUGUUUAUGAUGACAACGACAAAUCAGAUGAUGAAGCCGAUACGGACUCGAUGGACGUUGCCGUGGAUACGCCCCCAGCCCGACGUAUGCCCCACGUGGAACUUAUCGGACCAACCAUUUCACAAGAUGAGCUGGAGAAAAGGGAAGAGAAAAUUCCAGUGCGUGACAUCAGCGAGGAGGAGAAGCUGAAGAUAAUAAUGUCGGAGGACUUCACGACGUUUUUCGACAAGACGACGCGGAUCAUUGAGCGCGCCCUCGGCGAGAGCAGUGCCGACAUCUUUGUCGACUAUGCCGCUGGGGAGAGAGAGGGAGCUGAUGAUGAUGAUCUCGCUGGUGAGCGUCUCAAGAUGAAUCGGGAGUUUUUCGAUGACCGUUGGUCUCGUCAUCGAACUGUUACCAGCCUCGACUGGUCAACACAGCACCCCGAGUUGCUGGUUGCAUCGUACAACAUGAAUGAGGACUCCCAUCAUGACCCAGAUGGUGUGGCCUUGAUCUGGAACAUCAAGUUCAAGAAGGACACACCCGAAUACGUCUUCCACUGUCAGUCUCCGGUGAUGUCGACGUGUUUCGCCAAGUUUCACCCAAACCUGAUUGUUGGCGGGACGUACUCCGGGCAGAUCGUGCUGUGGGACAACCGAGUGAACAAACGGACGCCCGUACAGCGGACACCACUGUCGGCCGCAGCCCACACGCAUCCUGUGUACUGCGUGAAUGUCGUCGGAACCCAGAAUGCCCACAAUCUCAUCAGUGUGUCGACUGACGGCAAAAUGUGUUCAUGGAGUCUGGAGAUGCUUUCACAGCCGCAGGACAGUAUGGAGCUGCAUCACAAGCAGAACAAGGCGGUUGCAGUGACAAGUUUCUGCUUUCUGUCGGGCGAUGUUAACAACUUCGUAGUGGGGGCCGAGGACUGUACAGUCUACACGGCCUGUAGACAUGGCAGUAAAGCGGGAAUCAAUGAAGCCUUUGAUGGCCACCAGGGCCCGGUGACACAAGUGGAUUGUCACUCGGUACCGGGACAAAUCGACUUCUCUCCGUACUUCAUAACCUCGUCAUUUGACUGGACCAUCAAACUGUGGAGCAUCAAGGACCAGAAGUUUAUCCACUCGUUUGAGGACAACAGCGACUAUGUUUACGGUGUUGAGUGGUCUCCGAUUCACCCCGCUCUGUUUGCCAGCGUCGACGGAAUGGGAAGACUCGACCUGUGGAAUCUGAACAAUGAAACAGAAGUACCGACAGCGUCAGUUGUUGUGGAGAACAAUGUUGCCUUGAACCAGGUUCGCUGGCACCGUAGUGGUCACCACAUCAGCGUGGGAGACGACAUGGGCAGAAUUAAGAUUUACGACGUCGUUGAUCACAUUGCCAAUCCGAAGCCGGACGAGUGGUCGAGAUUCGUCCACACGAUUCAGGAGUUGAGACAGCACGCGCAGGAGAGAGAAGAGGAUUCCAACAUGGCGCUGCGAUAACCCUGUGACCCCGUGUACAGAACUAUUUAUAUUGAACCAGCAUCUUCUCUUUGCAUUGCUUUGGCUAUAUCGACAGUAUCUGGGUGGAUUUUUAAGCAUACAGCAUCAUCUCAUUUGACAUUUUGUGCAACAUUUUGCUUAUAAUUUUUUUUUUAUUAUUAUUAUUUGUUUUUUUUCCAUUAUUAUUAAAGGGUAUUAGUAAAAGACGAAGCAUUAUUUAAUUCAUUGACAUAAUUGUGUUUCGUUUAAGGAAUAUGAACUCAAAAUGUGUUUACAACUCGACUACUAUGACUAUGACAAGUCUCGUUCCUUUUAACAGAAAUUAUCAGUAUACUAGAAUAUUUAGAAAAAGCCUACUUUUGACUUAACAUUGUAAUAGUGCUUUGAGUUUUGAUUUUCCUAUUUGUGUUGAAUGUAAACAUUUUAUUUUAUCAUACAAUUGGGAUAUGUGCAAAUUUUUAGACUGCAAGACUACAAACUUUAAAAGUAAUCGAUUUCAAGAGAGACUAGCACUUUAUAUUUACACAAAGAAAUUAAUUAAGCCUACCUCCCCCACCACCAUCCCACCCCUGAAAAAGAAAAGAUAAACGACACUGAUCUACCCUUUGAUAAAAAUACAACUUUUAUUUGAUUUAUCCAGGGCACAAUAUUUUACUGGCCCAUCCGUAUAUUCCAUUUUCAUUGGUUGAAACUAGUGUGAGAUUUUAAUGUAUUUUGCACUCUUAAGACACAAUUUGGAUACACAUUUAGAAAAACUACUGAAUUCCCGGCUUUUGAACGUAGGUGGAUUUAUGAGAAUAUUAAAGUGGUUUCAUAACUUGAUUAACACAGGUGGUUUCAAUAUGGGUUGACUGCAUAAUCGGGUUUGAUCAUUGAUUUCUCCCAAUGUCUUGCAGUCUUUACUAAAAAAUUGUUUACUUUUUUGCAUUACUGGUUAUGGUUUAUUUUAAUACUUUUGGUGCUACCUUAUUUGUUUGUAAAAUAAAUCUGUACAGGGCAAGCCAAAUAUACAAACAUGUAAUAACUAGUUAAUAGCUUGUACAUUGUAGUUACUUGAAUAAAAUGCGUGCUAUAUUGAAA